CCGCUAGGGUAUUACAACUCAUAGUGUGGUACUGUUUUCGCCUGAACAGGACAACUUUGUGUCCGAUUAAGGUUUUAAAACGUAUUACUUACAUUUUUGUCAUUUAUACAGAGGAGAAAAAAAACUGUCAUAUUUAUGACACGUAGCAAUGAUAUGUUUUUAUAAAAGAAAAACACAAUUGAAUGGUCCUUCAACUUACGGCGCCAUAUUUAAUACAUCGCAGUUUAUGAUGAUAGCUAGCAAGUAAACUACCUGUCUGCAAUCGUAAACUUUAGAUUUUUAUCUUAAAGCAAGCCAUCAAACUACAUCGAAAUGAACGUCAUAGAUAAUGUGAGGGAUAUGGCCGCCGCGGGACUUCACUCAAACGUUCGGAUAAUUAGUAGUUUACUGCUGACAAUGAGCAAUAACAAUCCAGAACUGUUCUCACCAUCCCAGAAGUACCAGCUGCUGGUUUAUCAUGCAGAUGCCAUCUUCCAUGACAAGGAGUACCGUAAUGCUGCUUGCAAGUACAACAUGGCACUGCAGCAGAAGAAAGUGCUCAGCAAAACUUCUAAAGUGCGGCCAUCUACCGGGGGAACUGCAUCCUCCUUGCAGUCACAGAGUUUUCCCUCAGAGAUUGAGGUCAAGUAUAAGAUUGCAGAGUGCUACACCAUCCUGAAGCUGGAUAAGGAUGCAAUUGCAGUGCUUGAUGGGAUUCCAUCUAGACAGAGAACCCCAAAGAUCAACAUGAUGCUGGCUAAUCUGUACAGGAAGGCUGGACACGAACGCUCUGCUGUCAUAAGCUACAAAGAGGUCCUGAGACAGUGUCCCUUGGCACUGGAUGCCAUCAUUGGUCUCCUGUCUCUGUCAGUAAAGGGUGCUGAGGUGGCGUCCAUGACUAUGGAUGUGAUCCAGAGUCUUCCCAACCUGGAGUGGCUCUCUGUGUGGAUCAAAUCCUAUGCCUUCAUACAUGCAGGGGACAACCACAGAGCAAUCAACUCCAUCCGCUCCCUGGAGAAGAAGUCUCUAAUGCGUGACAAUGUGGACCUGCUUGUGAGUCUGGCAGAUGUGUACUUCAGGGCAGGCGACACAAAGAACUCCAUCAUGAAGUUUGAGCAGGCCCAGAUGCUGGACCCUUAUCUGAUCAAAGGCAUGGAUGUAUAUGGCUACCUUAUGGCACGUGAGGGGCACCUGGAGGAUGUUGAGGUCCUGGGAGGAAGGCUGUUCAACAUCUCAGACCAGCAUGCAGAGCCCUGGGUCAUAUCUGGAUGUCACAGCUUCUACAGUAAGCGCUACUCCCGGGCCCUCUACCUGGGUGCCAAGGCCAUCCAGCUGAACAGCAACAGUGUGCAAGCCCUCCUCCUGAAAGGGGCAGCACUGAGAAACAUGGGCAGAGUGCAGGAGGCCAUCAUCCACUUCAGAGAGGCCAUGCGCCUUGCGCCCUGCCGUCUGGACUGCUAUGAAGGUCUGAUUGACUGUUACCUGGCAUCCAAUGGGAUUCGAGAGGCAAUGGGGAUGGCCAAUAACAUCUAUAAGACCCUGGGAGCGAAUGCCCAGACUCUGACCAUCCUGGCUACAGUCUGCCUGGAGGACCCUGUGACCCAGGAGAAGGCCAAAACCCUGCUGGACAAGGCGCUAGCCCAGAGGCCUGACUACACCAAGGCUGUGGUCAAGAAGGCAGAACUGCUAAGUCGGGAACAGAAAUACGAGGAAGGGAUUGCUCUUCUCCGGAAUGCCUUGGCCAAUCAGAGCGACUGUGUGCUGCACAGGAUGCUGGGGGAUUUCUUGGUGGCAGUCAAUGAUUACCAAGAGGCUAUGGACCAAUACAGCAUAGCACUUAGCCUGGACCCGAAUGACCAGAAGUCUCUGGAAGGAAUGCAGAAGAUGGAGAAGGAGGAGAGCCCUGCUGAUGCCACUGUGGAGCUGGAUGGAGAUGACAUGGAGGGCAGCGGGGAGGAUGGAGAGCUGGAAGGUAGUGACAGUGAGGCAGCCCAGUGGGCAGACCAGGAGCAGUGGUUUGGCAUGCAGUGACCCAGGCCCACUGCAGAGACGCAGCAGGGGGCUGGGGGAAUAUGCCACACAUGGGCAUCAUGGGUUCCUGAUGUAAUGUUCCGGGGGACUCUAUAUGGGUGUAUACAAGAUACAGGUGUAUAAAGCCCCAUCUCAGGGUUAUAGACGUCAUCAUAGCAGCCACUGAGGUUUGGGGAGGAUGCAUUUUACAACCCAGCAGCCCAAAAUUAUAACCUGCCAUUCCACGUCUCCUUCCCUUUGCGAUCACUGAUUAGUUGGUAGGUGAAAAUGAACGUUACUAACCUAUUUCAUACCCAUCAGGGGUCCAGGAGUAAAGGAGAUGAGGCUAUUUAGGAUUGUUGGGCCAUGGCCCCGGAGUUUCCUUGUUUGUUGGGUUAACACAAGAUAAUCUGAAGCCAGUAAUCAUUGAAAUGAUAGUUUGUAAUAUUGGUGUGAAACUUGUGACAUACUUUCCCUUCUGAAUAAUCAGGUAACUUAAGACCUGUGUGUCAAUCAUGGGGUCAUUUAAUUUGACACAUUCUUUGCAAAGUAAUGUUAGUUUUCCAAUGCAGAUGUUUAACCGUGUGUGUGUGUGUAGGAGAUAUAAAAUCAUGACGUCUGGUCUCAUGCCCUGACAUUUUAUUGAAGUUUGUGGUAAAUUAGUAUUAGUGACUUGAGUAACAGUUCUAGUCAACUCGUCCUCCAGUACCCCCAGACAAAUGCAUGUGAUUCAAUUAAUUGAGGGCUUGAUGAUUAGUUGACAAGUUGAAUCAAGUUUGCUUGUCUGGGGCUAAAAUGUGUGCCGUUGAGGGUACAAGGACUGGAGUUGGGAAAUACUGCUCUAAAACAGCCUUGUAUUUAGGCUAGAAGCAAGGUAGCUUCAAAUGAAUACACAUCUCCAAUCUGGCAUAUAGAAGAUCGGCAACAUAUUAAUGUAGAAUUGCUUUAUUUACCUGAAACCACAAGUCAUGACUAUACAAUCGUCAGCUCUGAAAUGAGUUUGGCACACGUGUGCCAUUGAAGCGACUGACUUCCUUUCAGGGUAAUGGAUCUAUCGCCACACCUCCGCCUUCCCAGAUGCUUCAAAAAUGUUGCACAUUACAGCGCAAAGAAAAGUCUAUUUGGUUAUUUUACCCCCCCCCAAAAGAGUUCCUUAGGAAAAGAUAACAUUUGUACUAUUGUCCAUUUAAUUUAUCAAUACAUUAAUUAUUACACAUCUGAUAAAAUGGCUGCUUCAGAGGACAUGCAUCAUGAAAGUGUACAUUAAGAUAACACAGAACUCUGUGUCUAGUUUGAAGGCUGCAUUUACACAGGCAACCCAAUUCUGAUAUUUUUCUACUUUUGUCAAUAAUUGGGCAAAAGACCAGAAAUGGGCUGUCAUGUGUAAACGCAGCCUAUGGCUCUUUAUUUAGUAAGGAUGGAGGGACCUGGGAUUGGUUCAUUUGAUUCCAAAAACAUGUAUACCCAUUCAGUUAAAAUAUAUACCAUUUGAUUA